AUGAAUUUUAUUGAUUAAGAUGAUUGUAAUAUCCCUUUCGAUUACGAGGAUGAUAUGAUUUUCCCUCCAUGUUAUGAAAACGUAGAAACUCCUGAACACAGCAAAUCAACUGAUUUUGAAUAAAAGUUCAAAAACGAUCGAAAAGAAAGAAUUUUAAAGAAAAGAAUAGAAAAAAAAAACAAAACUAAAUCCGAAUCAAAUAAUAAUCUCUCAAAAGAAGAGCUCAGGAAAUUAAGAAAUAGAAAUUCAGCUUAACAAUCUAGAGAUAGAAAAAAGCAAUAAUUUGAUUCUCUGAUCUUGGAGAACCAAAACUAUUAGUUGUUACUAAAACAAAAGGAGGAUCAAAUAUAAUUAUUGAUGGAAGAGAACAAUUAGUAAAGAUUAAAAAUAUAAUACUUGGAAGAAUUAAAUCAGAAUUAUAAAUGUAUGAGUUGUACUUAAGAAGCAAGUCAUGAGAUGAUAAGAGUGAAUGUCAUUACUAAACAAAAGAUGAUGAAUUAUGGCUUAUUGUCUCUAUUAGCAAUCACUUGUAUUUUGUCCAUUGUAAAUAAUGAUUAUGAAUUCUCACCAAAACCCAUAUCAUUACAUUAGAUUUCACACCAAAAUUAUGACUUUUUAGCUCCAAAACAACAAUUUUCAAACUCAACAUCAUUGGCAAUCUACAAUGAUUUAGCUAUUCCAGAACAUUAAUUUAAUAAUUAAACACUCUUUUACAAUUGCACAGGUAAUGAAAAGGAGUGUUAGACAUUUUUAAAUAUCAUAAAGGCUGAAAAUGCUAAUAAUUUAUAUUUUGUUAAUGAUGCCUCAGAUCAAAUACCUGCUAAGCAAGACCAUCAAUUCGAUGAAGGAGAAAAUGUUUACCUAAUAAAAAUUAAAUAAGAUGAUGAAGAUAACUUUAUGAUUUUUAGGGCAAAGUGCUAAAUUACAGAAAGCAACAAGUUAUUAUUUGAGAGGGAUAGUUACGAUUCAUUUAACAAUAAUAGCUUGUCAUACUGA